AUGAACAGCGGUGAUGAGCAGCAGAAGCCACAGGUCCUGGAUGAGAAGCUGCGCAGACUGGUGAAGGAGUUUGGAUUAAACAGCUGGUCUUUAGUUUCCCUUCAUUUCAAAGGUCAGAGGUCAGAUGUGGUCUGUCAGCAGAGGUGGCAGCAGAUAAAGAAUCCAGAGCUGGUGAAAGGUCCCUGGACUCGGGAGGAGGAUGAGAGGGUUAUUGAGCUGGUCCAUAGGUACGGCGUGAAGCGCUGGUCACUCAUCGCCAAACACCUGCACAGUCGGAACGGGAAGCAGUGCCGUGAGCGCUGGCACAACCACCUGAACCCGACGGUGAAGAAGAGCGACUGGACGCUGGACGAGGACCGCAUCAUCUUUCAGGCCCACAGGCUGCUGGGAAACCGCUGGGCCGACAUCUCCAAGCUGCUGCCCGGCAGCUCUUCCUUCUCCUCCAGACCUGCAUCCAGGAACAGCGUCCCCUCCAGGACAGCCAACAUCCCCACCCAGGUCACCAUCCACCACCAUCCACCACCAUCCACCCACCAUCCACCCACAAUGAGAAUACAUAUGGAAGACUGUCUGUCCUCUGUGAAGGACGAGUCCAGCUGUUCCUCCAGCAGACAGAGCAUGUCCCAAUGCCAUUGUAGCCGUGCCCACCUGUGCUCCGCCUGUGUCCCCACGUCCUCCUCAGGUUAUGACUCCUGUCUGAGCUUGUGCGAGCUGACAGCGCCCGCGGAGCUGACAGAGACGAACACAGAGGCCUGGAGCCGCAGCCCGAAGGAAGUGACCUCAUCACUCCCCACCUGCCUGCACAGAGAGCACGCCGACCCGCCCACCAUUGAUCUGAGCAGAAGCUACGUCGCAGGUAUGAAGGAGCAGCUGAUGAACAACUCCGGCUCCUCCUGCAGCAGAAGCAGCCUGGUGGGAGCUCUGAGCUUCUCACCCUCUGAGUUCCUCGGUCUUUGUGGGGAUGAGGAUCUGAAGUUACAGUGUCCGGCUCUGACGUCCACCCCCGUCUGUUCCCUCAAACACUCCACCAACACCAACCAGGACAACUCCUGUCUGCACUGCAGCCACUUUAGCACCCAGACACCCACAGAGACCAGAGAGGGGACCGGAGCGCUGUGGAUGUCAGCUCCUCAGACACCAACACCGCUGAAGAUCAGCGGCACGAGUCAGGACGAGGUCUCCGUUUGUCUGAGCAGGAUGAUGAAUCUGACGUGGGCCGAGCGCAGCAUGGAUCCUGACAGCCAGCAGUCCGGCAGCAGCUCUGAGGUGCAGGGAGAGAGUCUGCUGAGCUCCAUCCUGCAGGUCCAGGCAGAGUCCAGCUCCGUCCAGCAGCAGGUUCAGGAGAAGUCCAGCUCUGCCUCAGAGUUCCACCCAGAGUGCAGCUACGCUCCGGGCUGUGAGGAGUUCGGCUGCUUUCCGCUGGGUGUACAGGUGGAGGUGUGGUGGUGUCAGCAGCCAGCAGGUUACCUGCACUCUCCAGAAUGUCCUGCGUACAGACUGAAUCCCUUUGAGCUGAGCAGUGACUUACAGGUGCUAAUGUUUGGGAAAACAGACGAUCAGAUCAGUCUGACAGAGCAGGCGCGGCUCUACGUGGAGCCCUGAUCACCUGCGUGGAUCACCAGUGUUCAGGUCUCUGGGGAACUGAGGACACUGAGCUCCACCUGGCUGAGGCAGCGGCUGAUGGGCGGCGUCCAUGUUUGUUCGAGCGUCUCAGCUUCAGCUCAGAUGGAAGAAAUCUGGGAAAUCCAGGACCACAUGAUCAGCUCCCGUCUCACCUGGACUUUAACUGUGGGACAGUCAGAGGA